ACGGGCGUGUUUGCCGCGGCCACUUGCCGCGCGCCUUUCCGACGUCACACCAAUUUUGAAUUUCCAACCGCCAUCUUUGGCCAGUUUUUUGGUUUUCGUUCAGUGCAAUGACCGGUGCUCCGCUGCUCACUUAGUGAUGGACUGUCACUUCACAGUUGUUUAGUAUUUGUUCAGUUGCUGCUGAUAUGGAUAGCGCCGGCUGCUGAACGUUGGACUGGGAUCUAGCAAUUUUCAGAUAUACGCCACGCAAAACUAAACAAUGCAGCCAUUCCAGUCGACCGCUCGUCCGGAGGGUCCCCGGGAGUCCUCCCCUGAGCGCGCCAAGUCCCCGGACACCCCCACAGCUCCGGUGCUCAACUUCUCCAUCGCGCGGCUCAUGGAACCUGAUCGGAAGAAGUCCGUCUCGCCGGAACCUCCGCCGCCACCGGGGUUCUUAUCUUACGGAGCUCAGCUGCUAGACUCAGCGUUCAAGCAAUACAUUCCGGCAGCGAGACGACAACUAGUCUCUCACUACCCUCUGCUCUACUACGGCCCUGACCUGGUGUCGCUGACAUACGCGCACCAGCUGCACCUACCCCGGCCGCCGCCGCCGACCUCCCCUGUGCAGCGCCCGCCCAGCCCCCGCCCGCCGGCCGCAGACCACGCCGUGUCUUCAACCACAGGACCUACUCCAUCUCCAGCUAAAAACAAGAGCUUCGCGUGUGGUGACUGCGGUAAAGUGUUCAACGCUCACUAUAACCUGACGCGGCACAUGCCCGUCCACACCGGGGCGCGCCCGUUUGUGUGCAAGAUUUGCGGGAAAGGCUUUCGCCAAGCAUCAACAUUGUGCAGACAUAAGAUAAUCCAUACGUCGGAGAAGCCUCACAAGUGUCUCACCUGCGGCAAGGCCUUCAACCGCUCGUCCACGCUGAACACUCACGCGCGCAUCCACGCCGGGUACAAGCCUUUCGUGUGCGAGUUCUGCGGGAAGGGGUUCCAUCAGAAGGGCAACUACAAGAACCACCGGCUGACGCACAGCGGGGAGAAGGCUUACAAGUGCAACAUCUGCAAUAAAGCCUUCCACCAGAUCUAUAACCUGACGUUCCACAUGCACACGCAUAACGAACGGAAGCCGUUUACUUGUAGUAUUUGCGCUAAAGGCUUCUGCAGGAACUUCGACUUGAAGAAGCACACGAGAAAGCUUCACCUGGGAGCGGGCAGCUCUAACAAUGGCGACUCGUCUCUGGACACGCAGGACGAGUCCACACAAGAAGCGACCACCAGCCCCACUGAGGAGGCCAGCAGAGUGGCCUUCAGGCCGUUCCUGAGCUCCUCGUACCCCCGCAUCCUGGACCCCGCGCGGAUGACGGCGCCCAACACGUUCUUCUCCAAGCUGUUGUGACCCGGGGCUGGAUACUUCAACACCUAUGGAGACAACAAGGAGUGAUUUGAUCAAGGAUUUGACGAAUAUUUAAUGAAAAUUAUGUAAAUAUAGACCGCAAAGAGAUUAAUAGUUGUAAGGAUGUAUAGAUGUGUCAGUUAUUGUAAGUACCUAGUAAGUUAAGCCGUCCUUUGAGUUACGUGGCGCUUUAUGGUAGAUCACAGUCUGAAGCUCGAUGUUACAGUUGUAGAUCCCGUGUCCGAUUUAGGGACAAACUAAACAAUGUAUCUUUCAAUAAGGUAAGUACUUAAAAACCCACUCAAGCUUUAUCUCCAGUAGUACCUAUGUAACUUGCCAUUCUUCCAUUAAAUAAUUAAUAAAAAGACACCAAAUAAAAAGGAAUUUAAAAGUAGUCUUAUAGAAAAAUGUGCUAACUGUGAAGAAUUUUUAAAUAUAUAUUGUACUUUGUAAAUACGUAGACUUCAUAUAACAAACAGGUAGAUAAAGGAAUAUUGUAAAAGUGUAGGUUAAUCAUAGUGAAUUGAAUU